GUCCAAGUGUGUGAGUGAGUGUGCGCGCUACAGCCAUUGAACAGUUUCCACACGGAGACACACCUCAAGCUUCCACAGAAGAAGUGAUCCGGAGACGCACCGAUGUGGCCCGAACCACUUUGUCAUUUUUAAAUAUUAAACAAGUUGAGUUGGAGAAGUCGGCUCGGGUUCGACUUUUUGAGAUCGCUGUGAUCCUGGUCUGUCACUGUCACCAGGAAGGAGUGUCAUGGCGGAACCAGACUAUCUGGAGGGAGACUGCGAUGAGCUCAUCAAACCCAAGAAGCUGAUCAACCCAGUCAAGAACUCCCGCAACCACCAGGACCUGCACCGAGAGCUGCUCAUGAACCAGAAGAGGGGUCUGGCUCCUCAGAACAAACCCGAACUCCAGAAGGUCCUGGAGAAGAGAAAGAGGGAGCAAGUUCUCAAGGCUCAGAAGGAAGAGCAGGAGGCUCACAAGAAGAGGAGCGACCUGGAGAUAGAGCUCAUGAAGAGGCAACAGAAACUAGAGCAGCUGGAACUGGAGCAGCAGAAAAUUGAAGAGGAGCAGGAGAACACCCCCGAGUUUGUGAAGAUGAAGAGCAACCUGCGCAGAACCAAGCAGGAGACCGACGGGGAGGAACGAACCACCUAAAAACCAGCAGGGGUGUCUGGGUCUGGCUGACUGUGCGCAUGUUUGUGAGCACAGAGGUGUCAGGAGUGUGUGUACAAAAAGAGAGAAUGUGUUGUGUCUGUGGCGCACGGUGGUGACCUGACCGUGGCCCAACAUGAACUUCCUGGCUUUCCCAACCCAGCUGUUCCUUCCUGCAGUGAGGAGAGAGACUUUUACAGACUAAAGACCCCCCCUCUGUCUGCCUGCAACGGGCCGCCAGUACUCGCACCCAUCCAGCAGCACACGGCACCCCGCGGGAGGGAUCUAACACGGACACGUUACACGCUUUUCAACAGGAGGGCGAGCAAGCUUCCAGUGAGCUCUGAUGGAGAAACAACCAAACACACACACUCACACACAGGAGUUUUCAUCCCCUCUGUUUUCACUCCUUUCUCCACAGCAAGCUGUUGUUUCUAUUUACUGUUAUUGGUGUUGUCAUUGUUGUUGUUUUUUUUGUUUUGUUUUGUUUUUUUUUUGUUCUCAUCUUUCUGAAUCUGAUAAAGGAAAAAGUGGACACUGGAUGAACUCUUGAAGCUGUGUAAUGUAAAAGCCAAACAAAUGUGCUUUUGUUAUUUAUGUUUGUAGCUUUUAGCCCAGGUUAUAGGGGAGAACACUUUUACUACUUCUGUAUUUUAGUUUCAUUCUCCAGCAUAGUAUAUGAAGCCAGAACGGGACAAAGGGAGUGUGUGGUUGUGUGAAACACUCAAGUAUGCUUCUUUUUUUUUUUUUUUUUUAUUCUAAACAUGCCAUUUCCUCAGCUAAUGCAAUUUUUGAGCAAUAGUAGAACUCCCAGGCAUGAGAGUGACUUUUCUUUAUAUAUUCUGUUGUUUUGUAUGAAUAAAAGUGUUACUUAAUAAAUAAUUUAAGUUUUUGUUAGGUUGGUUAAAUACGAAUAAGCCCUGAACUGUGUGAUCAGUCUUUGUGUGCUUUUGUGAACAAAGACUUUGGAGGCCACGAGGUAAAAGUAAAAGUGUACACAUGAAGGCCACUUGUUAUAAAAGAUUUUAUUGACAGAUAGUUCUAGGCUCCUGAAACAACUCUGAUAGGCCUCAUUGAACUUUCAGUAUUUUGCCCUUAUUUCCAAUGAAGCCAUAGAUUCCACUAAUUUAAAUCAGUUAAUCUUAAGUGGGUGUUAACUGCAUGUGUAGUCUUCACCUUUAAAAAAAAAAUCUAAAAUGAUUGCACAAUGUGAGAGACUGUAAUAACUUUGAGUGUUAAAGUUCACAUUCAAUGGUUAUUUAAAUACCACACACAAUAAUACUAUUGGUCUAAAGUUCUGGUUUGUAGAUCUCCAAGAGGUGAUUGUUUAUUCUCAUGGGAUGAAACCGAUUUAUAACAACUUAACCUUGUGUUUUUCUCCAGAAUCUUCUUUAAAAUAAAUAUUAUUUUAAUUUUAAACCUUUAAAA